AUGGAAGAGGAUGAAAUUGUUGUGACAUCAACUCGUAAAAAAAAGAAAACUGAAAAGAAGGUUAAACCUGAAAAAACUGAAAAGAAAAAGAAGACUAAAUUGGAUAAAAAAACAAUUGAUACAAACACUGCAACAAGUAGCAGUAUUGGAUCGGAGGAUUUAACUCCAACAAGUGCUACCAGUGAAAGUGAUAAGAGUACAAGCUUUAAACAAUCGCUACCAAGUACUCCAACACCUAUUACGCCUACAACCAACACCAGUGUUGAAAAGGAUUUUGGAACAGUUUCCACCACAACAAUUGAAAGAAAAGUCAUAAGGGAAGAUCCAGUUGAUUUACUAGAUGAUUUCUCAUCAGUGCCUAAUCAAUCCGAGAAUGUUCAAUCGAACCAGUUAGAAUCGAGUAUGAUCACUCAAUCAAAUCAAGAAGUAUCAAACAGUGUUGGCCAAGAAAAACUGGAAAAAACUAUUGAAAAAAUCUCUAAAGAUGAGCAGGUUGUUGUUACGCAUCCUACUGAACAAGAUGCUAGGGUCGAUGAUGAUUCAUCUACCAUUCCUACAGCAAUUGCUGAACAGCAGGUAAAUGAAAAAUUAGAGGAAAAAUCAGAGGAACAACAGCCUACUAUUUCUAACACAAUAUCUAUAGAAAAUAUUGAAACUCCUAAGGAUACUCCUAUUGAGAAUAUCUCUUCUAUAGAGGAGAAUAACGAUAUUUUAGAAUCAACUGAAGAGGUUUCAAAACAAGAGGUUAAUAUUAAUCAGGAAAUUCAAGAAAACCAAUUCAUUGAAGAAAUAAUACCUCCUUCAAUUCAAACUCAACAAGUAGAACAAUCCAAACCAAUAGAUAUUCUGGCUCAAAAAGAAGAAAAUAUAUCAUCUCAGGAAAUUUCAUCCACCCCAGAAAAUACCUCUUCAAAGAUUAAUGAUAUUAGUCUGCUGUCAACUCCACCUCCAAGAUUUUCAUCCAGUCUCAGAGACAAUUCAGAACUUAGAGAUAAUAUGACACGAAUUCUUUCCAUUCUUAUGAGCCAUAAAUAUGCAUCCCAUUUCAACUCUCCUGUUAAUGAAAAGCUCGCCGAAUUUAGAGAUUAUUCCAAGUUUAUCAAAAAACCUAUAGAUUUUACAAUCAUCAAAACUAACUUUGAAAAAUCUCACUAUGUCUAUAUUGAUGAAUUUAUUAGGGAUAUACAAACCGUAUUUACGAAUUCGUUCAUGUUCCAUUUAGAGUCAUCACCUCAGGUUAGAAUGGCCAAGGUUUUACAGGAUAUCUUCGAAAAGGAGCUUGAUAAAGUGCUGCCAUACUGGAGAGCAUUUGAGCUUUCUCCAAAGGUAGAGACAAAUGACUCAUUCUCUGACAAUGAUUCUGAAAAUUCCAUCAUUGCAGCUAUGGAAUCCUAUUUCAUAUCAGAAGAGACGUCUAGAGGAACAACACCUGAAAUUCAUGAUUCUUCAGAUAUUGUUCAACCUGAGAGUGAAAUCAAACAAGGGGCUAUUCCAACAUCAUCGAAGGAGGAAGAAGUUAAGAUACAAAUUUCAACCGAAACUGUUAGUCCAGUUGUUGAAAGCCCUCCAAAAGAAGAAUCGGAAAAGAUCUCUCCAACACAAGAACAGAAGGAUUCAGUAAUAUCUAUUCAGCUUGAGGAACAAACCGACAAGAUUGAAACCAUAGAAGAACCAAAACUUGAAUUGACUGUUUCGAAUAUUGCUCAAUUAUCUGAAAAUGUAUCAUUAGCUCCUCCACUUAACAGGGUUGAUCUAGAAGUUGACUCUUUACUUGGUUCUGAGUCUGCUGAUUCUGACACUUUAUCUGAAUUUGAAGAAGACGCUACAGAAAUUGAUGAUGCUGAUCAACCUCCACAACAAGAACAAAAGGUGAUAAUUGUUGAUUUUGAUCGUAAUGUUGAAUCAGCCCAGAAAUUAUUAACAGCCAGUGAAAUGUAUUCUUUUUUUAAGAGUUAUAUUCAUCCAUUGUUAAAAUCUGAAGAUUUACAAAUUUCAAUGAAAGCCAAAAAGGACAGAUACGAAAACAUUUUAGAAAGGAUGCAAUACUCAGAAAGAAAAGACAUUAUUAUUGAAGACACUCUUCCUCAUUCAACCUCAUUAUUGGAUGUUUCAAUUCUUGCUGAAAAGGUCAGAUAUAGAGAAGAUAGAUUGAAACUGAAGGAGAUUCAAAUUUCUAACAAGUGUGAAAUUCAAGAACAAAUUUACAAAAAGAAGGAAAAAGAAUUAAUGGAUCAAAGGACAAAAAUUGAAACAGAGCUGGAAUCUAAACGUUCUGAAUUAUCUAACAAGCAAAUUGAGUUUGAAAAUAAGAUAUCACAAAUGCAGCAAGAAAUUGAAGCUCUAAAACAAUCACUUGAACAGACCAAAGUUAAUCUCAAAACAAGAGAAUCUGAAAAUGAGAUUAUCAAACAAGAAAUUCAACUUGUUAAACAAUCACUCGAACAAGCAAAUGAGCAAUUAGGAACAAAAGAUGCUGAAAUUGAAACACUUAAAUCCAAUCCACCAACAACCAGCAACACUGUAGCACUAGCUGAUAAGGAAUCACAAACAACACCAGUUAAGAGAGAAGAAAGUGAUGAUUUCGUAUUUGUUGAAAAGAUGGUACCACCUCCUUCCUCAACAAUUUCUAACAAGUCAACUACUUUAUCGGCUAUGGAUAAUCGUGACUUGUUAUUCGAUCAAAACAAUGAUGAGGCACUCACCGAAGAUGGUAGUGAUAUAAUGUCUAUCAUUAAUGAUGUUGACUAUCAAUUAAUUCUUGAAGAGGAUGAACAAGCUAAGAAUGCUCAAAAGUUAGAUCAAACAAAGCAAAUUCAAUUACAAGGUGAUAAGUGUCCAUGUGGUAGAGAGAUUUGGAAAGAUUACGGAUUCCUCAAAAAGCCACGUUAUUGUAAUUAUACAAACAAAUACUAUUGUACCAAAUGUCAUUCCAAUACCUGUACAGAAGUUAUUCCAGCAAAGAUAUUGGGUAGUUGGGAUUUCAAACCAUACAAAGUUUGCGAUGAAGCCUCCAAAUAUCUUAAAAGUGUUCACAGACAACCAAUUAUUUGUGUCAGUGCCAUAAAACCAACAUUAUUUGAUGAAAUUCAAAAUCUUGGAGCAGCCAGAAUGAUCAGAAAGAGAUUAAUCAUCCAAUGGGAAUAUGUUUCCAGAUGUCCAAUGAAAGACAAUUUAAUCAAACAACAUAAUUUACAACACAGAUUACACUACCUGACCGAUACUGAAAUGUAUAGUAUUAAGAAUUUAGAAGAAUUGAACAUGAAACAAGUUGAUUCUCCAUUUUUACAAAAACUUUCCAAACUAUUCCAUAUUUUAAGUGAACACAUAAUUAAUCAGUGUGGAUUAUGUCAAACAAAGGCAAAGAAUUUAUGUGCUUCUUGUGCAACAGGUCCAAUUUAUGACUUUAACAUUAGCCAGGUUAUCAAGUGUCAAUCAUGUAAACUUGUUUUCCAUAAGGGAUGUUUUACAAAUAAUAACGGAGUUGUGGCUUGUCCAAUUUGUAGUUCUUCAGAUAAUUAAAUAAUAAUAAUUU